UAUCUCUAUAUUAAUGAAUAUGUAUUAUUAAAAAAUACAUAUGUAGCACUCAAUAGCACUUUUAAGUAAACGUGUUUAACUUGUUUAUUACACCAAGUGUUAUUAAAUUCUCAUUAAUAAUACAAAACUUUGACUAUGAAUUGUAUCAGAUAAAUCUCAUCUUAUAAGAACAUAAUGCGCUAUGGAAUGUUGCAUAAAUUCACACGAUAUAGUAGUCCUACCUUUUUUAAACCUAACCUAUUAAACAUUGUAAAAUUUACAAGUAUAAAUAUGUCGAUGGAUCCAAAAGUUUUGGAAGAAUCCAAAUUGAUGUUGAAAGACAUGUAUUUUGCUGGUGUUAAAGCAGUUUCUCCAAAACAACUUAUAAUAGAUAAAGUUAAAUAUAAAGAUGGGAUAUUGCAAGUUUGUGAUCAACAAAUUCAGUUGAGAGAGAAUGUCUAUUUAGUUGGUUUCGGCAAAGCUGUCAUGGGUAUGUCAGUAGUUCUUGAACACAUGCUCGCAGAUUGUUUGAAAAAGGGUAUAGUCAGCAUUCCUUCUGCAUCAACAAAUGAGAUGUGGGAGACUAAAGACAAAACUUAUUUUCCUAAAUUAAAAACUUCUGUAGUAGAAUAUUGUGAAGGAGGCAUGGAUAAUCAACCGGAUCAUAGAUCAUUGAAUACAUCACAUGAUAUUAUAGAUUUGGUCGAAUCGUUAACUGAAAAUGACACUUUAAUUGUAUUAAUAUCAGGAGGAGGUUCUGCAUUACUGUAUAUGCCAAGACCAAUAAUUGAUCACGAAGAUAAAUUAUUGCUGUGUAAAAAUCUUCAAAAUGCAGGUGCCGAUAUUAAAGAAGUUAACACGAUAAGAAUGAAAUUAUCCAUGGUGAAAGGUGGUGGUUUAGCUCGAAUGAUUUAUCCUGCUAACAUUGUUACUUUAAUAUUAUCCGAUAUUGUGGGUGAUCCUAUCGAUUUAAUUGCUAGUGGUCCUACUGUAUAUAAUGCUAAAGUUCCAAAGCAAUCAAUAGCUAUCUUAAAAAAGUACAAAUUAUUUGAUAAAUUAGAAGUAGAUGUAAAGAAAGCCAUAAUAUCUAAAGAAACCUUUAAGGAUAAGCCAUUGUUGACUGGAAAACGAAAAAAAAAAGAGUUUAAACAUGUAGUAAAUAUUAUUUUGGGAAAUAAUCAAGUGGCAGUUGAAGCAGCUGCUCUUGAAGCACAACGUCAGAAGCUUACUUCAAUAAUAUUAAGGACUGAUAUUACUGGCAAUGUUCAUGAUGUUAGUUUGGCAUAUGUUCAUGUAACAAGUUUAAUAUGCCUAGCAUUAGAAAAGAAAUUAGGGAGAACGGAAUUCUUUGAAAGAGUAAGAGACAUUCCCGUGCUUUCAUUACCUACCACUAAAGUGGAUGAAAUUUACAAUUUAAUCGAAGAUGGGUGUGGAGAAGGAAUUGUACUGAUUGGAGGAGGAGAGCCGACAGUAAUAGUUAAAGGAGAUGGAAAGGGUGGAAGAAAUCAAGAAUUAGCUUUACAUUUCUCUUUAGACUGGUUAGCAGAAAUAAAAAGCAAUCCUCAUUUUGCUGAAUAUGAUGUCAUAAUGUUAAGUGCAGGCACAGAUGGUCAAGAUGGUCCAACUGAUGCUGCAGGUGCAUUUGGCUACCCUGCUAUCGGACCAAUAAUUCAUGAUUUGCAUGCAAAAGUAAAAAUGUUUACUUCAAAGAUGCUGGUGCACCUACAGAUGAAGAAAGAAGCUAUGAAAAAGAAAGAAGAAGAACAAAAAAGAUUAGAAAAAUUAAAACCAGAUAUAUGCAAAUUGCAUGAAUUGAGUGGUUUUGUGGUUAAAAAAAAGGAUGAGUUAAAACCCAACGAAUCAGAGAAUAUUAUGAAAGAGGAAGAAAUUGGGACAGAGAAAAUAGAUGAAAUGGAAGAUGUGCUUCCGUUAAUAUAUCAAACUAUGGAAGUGGAGCGUAUGCUUCCUGAAAAUGCAUUAAGUCAAAAUAACUCAUAUAAUUUAUAUUCACGAUUCAAGAAAGGUUCAGAGUUAUUCAAAACUGGCUUUACGGGUACUAACGUCAUGGACCUACACUUUAUUUAUAUUAAAAAACGAAAAUGUGAUUGUAGUAUAGAUAGCGUUCUUUUUGGUAAAGGAAAAACAGAGAACAAUUUCGAGGACCAUGAUUUUCAUAUUGAUUUUUCCACUAUUGAAAGAUACAAAUUUCUUCAGGGCCGAAAGGCUUUCGACUGGGGUUCUUAUUUGCGUACAUCGUCACUUGUCCCUAGCGAAGAGGUGGAACAUCCUAAUAUAAAAAUUAUUGAUGAUAAUCUGACAGACCCAUGUUGUCGCAGGGACAGAAAAUUUCCACUGAAAUAUCUAUUAAAAGAUAAGAAUCUUCCAUUAUAAAAUUUUAAAAUAUAAAAAUUGCUAAUAUUCGAUUAAUCAAAUUAGUGAAAUAUAGAUAAUUAUAUAUAUAACAAUGAUAAUUUAAUUAUACAUUGAAGAAGUAAUAGAUAAAUGCAAAUUAGUACUAAAAUUUGUUAAAGAUAUUAAAUCUAGUGAUUUAGUAAAAAUUGUAAUGAAUUAGUAUGAUUAUAACUUCUGUAACGAAAUUUCUGUGAUAAAUAACAAAAUUCAAACAAUUUUUGUGCAAUACAUAAAAAUAGUAAAUGUGUUGCUCUAUUAUAUUUUUAUAACAUGUACAUACGCUCGGACGCGCACACAAUAUACAUUUUGGUAUUGUUAGUAUACAUAACAGUAUGGAUUUAUUUGUACUACACGAUUACCUUACCAUAAAUAAUUAAUACUUCUCACGUAAUUAGCUAAAGAUCCCAACUAAAUAAAUGAUGUUUAACUAACAUGUCGCGAACACCAUCUUUCAAUGGCUGAGAUUGUUCUUUCUUGGCCGGUAGUUCCCAAUCUGGAUUUAAAUUAAAUGCAAACUGACUUAA